UUAUUUUAAUAUUCAGGAAUAAAGAGUAAAUGGAUAUUCAGGUUGUGAACGAUGUGGAGCUAGCUAACUGAUUAGCAACCGAAGAAACGCAACAGACGAUUUUAGCCGAAGCUAAUUAAUUAGCUUAUUGUGAUUGUGUGUAACCUACUGUGUUACUAGGCAGCUUAUCAUGUCUAAUUUAAUCACCUUUUCACCAUAACUUAAUUAUAUAAUCUCAUUCAUUUCUCAGAACGUAAUGGCUUUAAUAAGUUGAAUAAGAGCCGUGUAGCCUAUUAACGCUAGUGAUAGAUUAUCUCAGAAUGAACCUGAGGCCUGUUUAAGCGUUUCCCUCCAUAAUGUGCUCUUUCUAGUGUCCAAAUACAGGUCCGUGUCACUGCCCUGCUGAGAGGUCACACAAUUCAGUAAAGUAUAGUGAAAGUGUGCGUACAGUUAGUAAUGGUGUAGCUACAUUGUCUGUUAAAAAUGUGAUCUUGGUAACUGUGCCACAUGAGAAGUCCAGAAGGUUUUAUUGUCAUUUCAACCACAUAUAGCUGACGCAGUACAUAGUGAAAUGAAACAACGUUUCUCCAGGACCCUGGUGCUACAGAAACAUACAACAUUAUAAUUACAAACACAGAAACAGCAACACCGAGCUAGGACAGAAGUUUGUCGAAGCCACAUAAAGUGCAAAAUGUGAAACUAGGUGCAAACAGAGCAAAGAUAAGACAAUAAGUACAAAAAAAAAACAACGCAAGACAGCGCUGAAAGAGAACAUGUGCAAUCUGGAGAAACUGUAACAAAACAGGUAUCUAAUAACACAUAUAUGAUUGUAACGUAUAUAAUGCAAAAAAUGCAAUAGCCGCAGUUGAAGUAGUGCAAAUAGAGGCGGUUGAGGUAGUGCAAUAAGGUGUGAGUCUGUUCACACAGGUGAGUGUGUGUGUGUGUGUGUGUGUGAGAGAGAGAGAGUUUUGUACAGUUCAGUCCUGGGUGUUGAGGAGCCUGAUGGCUUGAGGGAAGAAACUCUUACACAGUCUGGUUGUGAAGGCCCGAAUGGUACCUCUUUCCAGAUGGCAGAGGCUUCACGGCUGAUCUGUAAGCGAAGAUGACGGACCGUUACAACAUCCACAGCCAGCUGGAGCACCUGCAGUCGAAGUACAUCGGCACAGGACACGCAGACACCACCAAGUGGGAAUGGCUGGUGAACCAGCACAGAGACUCGUACUGCUCCUACAUGGGCCACUUCGACCUCCUCAAUUACUUCUCCAUCGCUGAGAACGAGAGCAAGGCUCGUGUGCGCUUCAACCUGAUGGAGAAGAUGCUGCAGCCCUGUGGACCUCCUGCUGACAAACCUGAGGACGCUUAGAAUGAAGAAUCGUUCAGAAAGGACUUUAUAUCGGUCAAGUGUGAAUGAGAUUUUUAACUGAUUUCUUUUUUUUCUUUUUUUUACAUUUUUUCAAUGGAUUAAACAGAUUUCCAUUUUUGCCAUUUUGUAUUUUGUGUGUAAAGAAAAUAAAAAAGGGAAGAAUGUCCAUGCUUUUCCCCAACACUGAA